UCAACGAUAGCAUCGUCACGAGCGGAGAGUCAACUGCAAGCAUCAAAAUGUUGAAAGAGUUAGUGAGGGAGCGACUAAUUGCUGCCGCCGACGAAAUCUUCGGCUUGUUUGAAAGAACGAUAGCGUCGUACGAGGAGCAACUUUGUCGGGCGAGGGAGGAGAACGACAAACAACGACGACAACUGGAAGAUGUCAGCAACACUCAGAUGUUGCUCCACGUCGAAGACGUCCAGCUGCUGAUAGGGAAUCAGGAAGAACUUCCGCCGUCAGCCGCCAGGUUGGAGCACGACGAUCGAAAGCAAUCGCAUGUCAAAGAGGAAGAGGAGGGUCCACAGGUGCCCCACAUUAAGGAAGAACAGGACAUCAACUUGCCGCUGGCUGUUAUCUCUGAGGGCGACCAAGAAGAAGCACCCGACUGGUCACAGCUUCAACAUGACCACCAUGGAGGACCACCACCAGACAACCGCUUAGCUCCACAUUUUGGCCACACAGAAGGAUCUUUGAGGAACGAUGCAUUCUCCGACAACAAACGGUUGAUAAACGCUGAAAAGGAGACAACUCUUAACAACCAGAACACUUCUCAGACACGCAGGAAACGUCGCACAGCUAUAAAACGUUUGAGCUGCUCAGUUUGUGGCAAAAACUUUUGUUAUGGGUACAAUUUGACUCUACACAUUGCAACACACACGGGAGAACACCGCUUUAGAUGCUCAGUAUGUGGUGAAGGAUUCAUUAAAAAGGCAAAUAUGUUAUCGCACAUGAGAAAACACACGGAAGGAAAACCCUUUAGUUGUCCCAUUUGUGCUAAAAAAUUUCCUCAAAAGGUGCAUAUGGACUCACACAUGAGAAUACACACGGGAGAAAAACCCUUUAGUUGCUCAAUUUGCGCUAAAAGAUUUACUCAAAAGGUACAUAUGGAUUUACACAUGAGAGUACACACGGGAGAAAAACCCUUUAGUUGCUCAGUCUGCGGUCAAACAUUUGCUCAGAAACAAAAUAUGAACACACACAUGAGAAUACACACAGGGGAAAAGCCUUUUAGUUGUUCAGUUUGUGGCAAUACAUUUGCACAAAAGGUCUCUUUGACGGCACACAAAGCAACACACACGGGAGAGAAACCUUUCACUUGCUCAAUUUGCAGCAAACCCUUUUCUUACAAGCACACUUUGAAAGCACACAUGCAGACACACAAAGGAGGAAAUCCUUUCACUUGCUCCGUUUGGGAUCAGACUGUUUCUAAAAGCUUUGAAAGCAAUGAAAAGAUAUAACAGCACAAUGCUAACAGGAAAAAAUGUGCCGCAAGCAGGCGACAGUAAACCAAAUACAAAACACACAAACAUGAACCAAGAAAUAAAGCACGCAGGCAACCAAAAUUAUGUAUUAUUAUGGCCAUUUGUGUGGGUUACAUUUUUUAACAGUUCCUGUGAGGUUUUAAUCAGGGUUAGAAUUGCAAAGGGGCAGUUCAAAUGUUCUCUCAGUUCGUAUCAAUGUGAUAACAAGACAAAAUAUGUUUUCUGUUGCUUUCAUUCUUUGCAGUAAAAACGAUUUGGAUUCUAACCUCCUUCCUGGCUCAUUCUAACCUCCUUCCUGGCUCUUGUCUUGAGAAAGAUGACGGCCGUGUGACGUGUGGGAUGCCAUUUUGAGCCGUCUUCGACACCGCCGCGAGAUGGCAGCCGUGCGAUGUCGCGGAUGUGAUUAGAAGCACCAUCGAAGAAGAAAAGGCCACAAGUCGGCACGGCUUCAAUUGGACAGUGACAGGUUGAAGUUGAAAAGACAACAUCAAUAUGUUGAAAGAGUUUGUAAGGGAGCGACUCAUUGCGGCCGCCGACGAAAUCUUCGGACUGUUUGAGAAAACGAUAACGUCGUACGAGGAGCAACUUUGUCACGCGAGAGAGGAGAAUGAGAAACAACGACGACGACAACUGGAAGCUGUUUACAAGAGUCAGAAUUUGCUAUGCGCACAAGGUCUUCUCACUCAAUGUCUACUCGACCAUUUAACACAUGGUUGGCAAACUUGUUUUCAUCGUGGGCCACGUAGCGUAGUUCUGGUUGCCGGUUAACGGUGAAACAACAAAUGUUAAAGCUGCACACGGCAUCCCCUAAAAAUUAUAUUUGACAUGGCUUGCAACGUUAUGGGGGGGCUCUUGGGGCAGGAUCUCAUCCCCGACCUGGAGAGGGCACGCCACCCUUUUCCGACUGAGGAACACGGUCUCAGCCGCUUCACACUCAGCUGCGAACUGCUCCGGUGAGAGUUGGAGGUCACGGCUUAAUUAAGCCAACAGAACCACAUCAUCUGCAAAAAGCAGAGAUGCAAUACUGAGGCCACCAAACCGGACCCCUUCUGUCCAUAAAAGUUAUGAACAGAAUCGGUGACAAAGGGCGGCCUUGGCGGAGUCCAACCCUCACCGGAAACGAGCCCGACUUCCUGCCGGAUAUGCGGACCAAACACUCACCCUGGUCGUACAGGGACCAAACAGCCUGUAUCAGGGGAUUCGGUGCCCCAUACUCCCAAGGCACCCACCACAGGACUCCCCAAGGGACAUGGUCGAACGCCUUCUCCAAGUCCACAAAACACAUGUAGACUGGUUGGGCGAACUCCCAACCACCUUACGGCCACAGCUCCGGUCAGCCACCAGGCGCUCGCCUUCGAGCCCCACCUCCACGCCUGGCUCCAGAGGGGGCCCCCGGUGAGCCGCGUACGGGCAAGGAAAACCUGAGUCCAUUGUUUGUCAUCAUCAUAAGGGGUCUUUGAGCCGUGCUUUGUCUGGUCCCUCACCUAGGACCUGUUUCCCAUGGGUAACCCUCCCAGGGGCAUAAAGCCCCAGACAACUUAGCUCCUAGGAUCAUUGGGACACACAAACCCCUCCACCACGAUAAGGUAACAGCUGAAGGAGGGGCUUUUAGUUGCCCAGUUUGUGGUGAAAGGUUUUGCCCGUAAAGAAACUAUGCGUAGACACAUGAGAAUACACAUGGGAGAAAAGCCUUUUAGUUGUUCCGUUUGCGGUGACACAUUUGCUCAGAAGGUCUCGCUGACUGCACACAAAUCAACACAC